AUAAGUAAACAAACACAUCUUCCUCUCAGUACUCGUCGUCUCUCUACUCUAUUCUUCUUCUCUGACAAAAGCCAAUACCUGCCCCUUGCAAUAUCAUGGGUCAUGAAUGUAUCGAUGCAUCAAAGGAGUUCAAGUGGGGUGAGGACGUCAAAAGUGAAGUGACUGAGAUUGUUCUUGUUCGCCAUGGAGAAACCACUUGGAAUGCUGCUGGAAGAAUCCAGGGACAAAUUGAAUCGGAUCUUAACGAAAUUGGACAAAAGCAGGCUGUUGCAAUCGCUGAGAGAUUAGGAAAAGAGGAGAGACCCAUAGCUAUAUAUUCAUCAGACCUCAAGCGAGCCAAAGACACUGCUCUCAAGAUCGCGGAAACUUGUUUUUGUUCCAAGGUGACUGAAGUGCCCGAGUUAAAGGAGAGGCAUGUGGGUAGUCUCCAAGGGUUGUAUUGGAAAGAAGGAGCAGAGAAAGAACCUGAAGCUUACUCUGCUUUCUUUUCUUCCCAAAAUGACCUCGAGAUUCCUGGAGGAGGAGAGAGCUUUGACCAACUUUGUGAGAGGUCCAUGAAUGCCCUUGAGCGAAUUGCAAAGAAGCACAAAGGGGAGAGAGUGAUAGUAGUGACUCAUGGAGGAGUGUUAAGGGCAAUCUACAUGAGGAUCACGCAAGCUUCCUCUGCUGGGAAACUCCUUAAUGCUUCAGUGAAUGUUGUUCACUUCAGUGACGAGAAAUGGAUCAUUGAUUCAUGGAGCGAUGUUUCUCAUCUCUCAUCAGUUGGAUUCCUCCAACGUGGCUUCGAUGGUGACGCCAAGCCCUAGAGGACCAUCAUCCAUUCUCUAGAUCUCCUCCAUAAAUAAUAUUCUCUGUGGUGCGUUUAAGAUACGAAGUGUUUCCAUUGGUGCGGUCGAUGUUCUUGUGGAAAAGUUGUUUAUCUUUUUGUAUUUUGCAUUAAUCGAUUAAUAAUAAAGCUCUCUUCU